AUCCUACACUCUUCUCGAUCGCUCAUUUCGAAUCUUUAAGACAAACAAGAUCCGACGGCUAAGCAAUCUACUAAUCCCUAACAAAAAUUCAGAGGACUUAGACGUGUCAGAACCUUUUUCCUUUUACCUCUCGUCACUAUCAGGCGUACUAGACCGUUUCGUUACUGGUAUAAUACUUACGACCGACCAAUGUUUAGACAAGUAAAACUGGGAGAAAUAUACAAAUUCUAAAAAUCUCCAUUCUUUUUUUUAGAGAGAAAAAACGGCGUCAUUCGAUUAAGGAAAAGCAUGUUACAAGAGGGGAAUCAAAGAUUGGUCACCCCAAGAUCUCCAUUCUAGAAUCAUUCUAGAAUAGAAUACAUAGCUCCUUGGUACUACGGCAGCCAUUACGUACCCAUACGGCGUCGUGGAAACGGCGAUCCACCGGCCUCUGGCUUCAACUUCCACUCCUUGCUCGUCAAGUCGUCAGUACUACUAGUACGUGCUAAGCACACACGGCAUGACUUUUAGCAUACAUUGAUUAAAACAAAGAGUGCAUGCACGUACACCACAGAAUGGUGGUGGGUUGACUGAUCUUCCUCUUUGAUAAAUUAAACAACAGAUUAUACUCCCUCGGUUAUAAAAUCGAACUGUCAGCAAAAGUUACGCACCCUAUAUUUUGAUCGUGGUACUAAUUGUCCAGAUGGUCACCGAUUAAUCCAUUAAUUAAUUAGGCAUUACAUGUUACUACUACACCUAGUAGUGGUAAAACCAGGAUUACUAAUCAACUGGAUUAGAUUAGAUCGACGACUUAAAAGCAGGGGGUGCCACCCGUAUAUGUAUACGCUAGCUUUUUUUUCUUUUUUUUUGUUUGAGAACAAUGUAUACGCUAGCUCUGCUCUUCUUCCUGAUCUGUCUCUAUCCCGUCCCGUGAACAAAGGCUGAUUUCCGGGCAAGCACCAGAGAAAAGCCCACACCCGUCCCAGCCUUCCAGGGUUAAUUGAUUCAGCUCCUCAUUUCAAGAUCAAGAAUAGCUCAAUCAAUCGUCUAGCACACAUAUAUAUAGGAUCGUUAUAUGGAUCACGCCGGCGGCUCCGCCACUGCAGCAGCCAUGGCGCAGGAAGAGGCGCCCACCGGCAUCGGCGACCUCCCGGAGAGCGUGGUGGCGCAGGUGAUCUCCAUGACUUCCCCUCGCGACGCCUGCCGCUGCGCCGCCGUGUCGCCGCACUUCCGCGCCGCCGCCGGCUCCGACGCCGUCUGGGACCGCUUCCUCCCGCCGGACCACCGCGAAAUCCUCCUCCUCCAACAGACCCGGCCGCCGCCGCCGCCGUCUUCUUCCAAGGACGCGUUCCGGCGCCUCUCCGCCGGCGCCGUCCUCGGCGACGGCACGGCGGUGUGGUUCUCGCCGCGAAGGGGCAAGUGCGUGGCGCUGUCGGCGAGGCGGCUCAGCCUGCCGUGGGACGGCGGCGAGUUCACCUGGAGAUGGGCGCCUCAUCCCAAAUCCAGGUUCGGGGAGGUGGCGCAGCUGGUGAGCUGCACGGGCCUGGACAUCUACGGCCGGCUGCCGGCCACGUCACUGACGCCGGAGACCGACUACGCGGCGUACCUGGUCUACGGCGUGGCGGAUGACGGCCACCGUGGUCUGAGCUUCCCGGACCAGGAGACCACGGUGGCGGUCGGUGGCCACGCCGCCUCGUGUCACGCCGUCUGUCUCCGUCCUGACGACGACGAGGCGCGCAAGUUUUCGGGAGUUGUUCCCACGGGCGGCGUGAGAUGGCCGGCGAGGCGGGACGACGGGUGGUCGGAGAUGGAGAUGGGGCAGUUACGCGUCGAUGAUAGCAUGAUCGCCACGGCGGAGGAAGAGGCAGUGGUCAGUUUCGAGGUGUUGGGGUGGUACUAUAAGAGCGGCCUCGUCGUCGAGGCCAUCGAGUUUAGGCCCGUCUAAUCUUGUUUGUGUAUAAACUAUAAUCCGUAUGAACCAUUGCUUGGCCCAUGGUUGCAAAAAAAAUAAAAUGAAACUACUACCAAGAGAGGGUUGAUAUUGGAGGAAAAUGCAUAUAUUAUCCAAAUUGCAUGGUUGCCAUCUGCAGAAUGGCCCAUUUUCGAAACACAGAUAAAUUUAGUUUUGGCUACGAA